UCGUCAGUUGCGCUCGAAAAAUGUCCAGGUUUGGACUGGUUUCGUCUCAAAGUCAACAUUUCCUCGCUGCACUCCUUUCCGACGAGGAAUUCAUCAACAACUUUUUGUCGGAAAGCUCGAGACGGCUGGCAAACCGAUAUCGUUUUCUUACCAAUGAACUAAUAAGGGCAGGGGUCUUUUUCCUGGAAAGUAAUGCGGGGCUGUUCUUCUGGAUGGAUCUGCGCCCGCUUCUUAUGGAACAAACUUUUGACGCAGAACUAGAGCUGUGGCGGGUGAUUGUCGACGACGUUAAACUCAACGUCUCGCCUGGAUCAUCGUUCCAUGGGUUGGAGCCAGGGUGGUUCAGGAUAUCCCAUCUGCAGUUUGCUGAUGAUGCCAUCUUGUUUGGACUAGCAACUGAAGAAAAUGUGAGGGCAAUCAAAUGUAUUAUGAGGGCUUUUGAACUUGUCUCUGGACUGAAAAUUAAUUACGGAAAGAGUAUGUUGGCAGGGAUAAAUGUCUGUAAGGAAUGGCUAUCAAAAAUGGCAUUUAUCCUAAAUUGCAAACAAGGGGAGAUUCCAUUCAAAUACCUGGGUAUCCCUGUGGGUGGCAAUCCAAGGAAAUUGGCUUUUUGGAAACCAUUGGUGGAUUCUUUCAAGAAAAAGCUUGCUGGGUGAAAGGGUAGACACUUGUCCUUCGGUGGUCGAAUAACUUUGAUAAACUCUGUGUUGUCCAAUCUUCCAGUUUUUCUCAUGUCUGUCUAUCUUCUGCCCAAAGGUAUUGUACAUAUCUUAGACAAAAUUAGGAGAGGGUUCUUAUGGGGGGGUGUGAAGUAGGUAGGAAAAUAAAUUGGAUAAAUUGGG